AGCAAACCAUAUUUCAAUAUGAAACCUUUAUCAGAGGUUGAUAAAAAAAGAGCGAGCAACCAGUCAAUUCCACAACAUGAUUUGUUGAAACUUGCAAAGAAGGAAAAGAAGUUUGUGAUAUUUGAUCUUUUUGGCCCUCCACCAAAACAUCCUCUCAGAAAUACCUAUGUCCGCCAAGUAGUAAGGGUGAUCCUUGACUCUAAAAUUGAGCAACAUCUGAUUUUUUGGUUGCCAAGUUUUGAUAGGGACUAUGUCAGGCGGAUGGCUCCUGGUUUUCAGCAUGUGGGCCGUUUGUUCUCCAUUGAACGCCUUACAAAAGAAAACAUCAGUAUAAUAAAUGUUGACUACAAGAGAUUGUUUUACAAUGGGUUAAGAGAUUAUAAAGCUGCCAACAUCACCGUCAACUUGUAUAUUGUCAAUGAGCCUUGGCUCUUCUCACUGGCCUGGUGCUCCAGGAUUAACUCAGUGACCACAGACAACAUUCCGCUCCUGAGUCAGCUGACUUACCCUUACUUCUUCAUGACACCAGGAUACUACAUGGUCAUAUGGCUUCUUAUGGAUUUUGUUUCUGCAGUUUUCAUUGCUGCCGUAUUUUGUUUUCACUGGUGGAAAGAGAUCAAAAAAGAAAAACUGCUCGAAACCUGUAGCACUUCCUCAGAUAACCAGAACAUAAACCUCCCAAAUGAAAAAGGUGAAAAUCAAGAAGCUGUGCACUUAUCUAGGAAGCCUCCUGAUCGAAUUGUGGAACGUCCUUGGACUGUAGCAGCCCUCCACACAGCUUCACCCAGGAGCUCAAAGCAGCAGCCAGGCUCUCCCCAUUUUGCCCAAGCCCCCAAGAGCUUUCAUCCCAAGAUGAAACCAGAGCCUAUCAUGAACACUGUUAACCUAGUGGAGCCCAUUCAGGUCUUUGAACACACCCAAGCACCCACCUUAGAGGCCACCAGCAAGGAUGCCCCCCAGACCACAUCACCCAUCUUGAAGGCAGAUGAAUCAGCAGUGCCCUUCGUAGAGAGCCCCCAUCCUGAAGCACACCAAAAGACCUCCAUGUCACAGUCCUCCAGAGAAACUUAUGAAACUUAUGUAACGGCCUAUUCCACCAUGUCAGACUCCUAUGAGAUGAAAUCUCCAAAGAAGGAUUAG